AUGUGUCCUCACUGCUCCUGCACCGAUUACUUCUCCUCUCCCACUGCUGCUGCAGUCGCUGCUUCGCCAAUGUCUUCACUCGGCCAACGAUUGCCCAAAAUAUGCAUAGUAAUCUUUUUUAGCAAAAGUAAGCCAGCCCUGUCCACGGUAGAUGCUAGAACGACCACCUUUCCAGCCCUCAUUUUCGCCAUUCUCAUUCAACCGCCAUCAAUUUCACCUGACUCUCUGCAAUCUUCGCGUCAUUUCUCGGGAAUUCUCGGAGAGCUGCAUUAUGAGCAGCCAAAGGGCAGCCUCAUCCUAAAGUACAAAUGCCUUAAUUUCUUCUGCUGCCAGAUGAUGUGCCUUGGAGGGGCCGAAGAAGAGCUCACGCCAUUAACAACUGAAGCAUCACCAGCCGUGAACCACCUGGAGGAUUUCGUUACAGAGCCGUCUACUGACUCCGUUCUGGCCGCUAGCAGCGGAACUCACGCGCCAUCUGAUACUGUAUAUACUAUUGCCAUUGCAUCGGGUCCUUUUUAA